CAAGCAUCGAUCUUCUAAUCACCUACAAUAUAUUUUUGAACACUCGAUACUUGUGCACAGUAUAUUUUUUCUUACAGGAUAGUUGCUAGUCGUAGAGCAUUUUAGGGAACAAAACUGGAAAAUGUUGAAGAAAAUUCAGUGCAACUUUCACAUUGUGCUGCACCUAAUAAUUUUUUGCCAUCUUCUGGGAAUACAUGAAGUCAACACAGCAGAAGUCAGAGUGGGGUCGUUCAUUAACGCGAACAGCAGCUGGACGAUACUACCCUUGGGAGUGGAGCCACCCGCCUUGAACGUGCUGUCGUGUGCUACCAGUUGUCUGUCGUAUGGACCACUCUGUAGAAGUUUUGCAUUUGGUGCUCAAAGGAAACAAUGCCGACUAGGAUCGUGGUUAGUUUUGGCAUCAACUACUACCAUCAACCCUGACGAAGUAACAUACACGAUGGGUGACUUCUGCAACACGGCAUUAAACUUUACCGUGGUGUACAAUGGCAACUUCAGUAUCUGCUUAUGGGUCAACAGAGCGACCCUGACGUAUGCUAAUGCUAAGCUUCAGUGUGAAAAUCGAGGCGGCCAUAUGUAUACUCCAAAGACUCGAGACCGUUACGACAUAAUCCAACAGUUUUUCACCGACACUAAUGUUUGGAUUGGUCUCAGUGACGCCGCACAAAAUGGCGUGUACAGGUGGGAAGACGAUCAGAGUGUUAUCAAUGCCGAUUGGAAGAUCCAAAUAUUUACUAAUUACCCACCCUAUCCAGCUCUGUCUUGUAUUGUCUACACAACAGACAAGCUUCUAAUGGAGUUUAACUGUAACGCGAUACCGUACCCAUCUCUUUUAACUGCAGCACCAUCUCAUCCAAUCAAAGCCUCUGAACCAUGCACUGAGAUGCUAGACAUCGUCCUUGUACUAGACUAUUCCACCAGUAUAGGGCCAGUGAAUUGGAAUUACGUAACACAGUUAUCCGCAAACAUCACCCAGUAUUUUGAUGUUGGUCCUGAUAAAGCCAGGUUCGCUACGAUGACCUUUAAUCGAGAACCUACCGUCCAGUUUAACCUAAAAGAUCACUUGGAUCAUGAUUCUUUGACACGGCACUGUCUAGAAAUGCAUCAAAGUGCAUAUAGUGUUGCUUUGUUUUUCAAUUUCAAAGCUUUACUUGCCAUAGCAUACCCAGGUGUUUACGGAACCAAGACCUACUUAGCCCUGCAGGAUAUCAUCAACAAAAACAUGUUUGGUGCUCCGGUUGGUGGUAGAGACUAUGCCCUGAAUAUUGUAAUCGUCAUUACCGACGGAGAAUCUGACGAACCACUACGAAGUUAG